AUGCUUAUACCAGGUAAGGAUUCUCCUGGUAAUGAUAUUGAUGUUUAUUUACGACCAUUAAUAGAUGAACUAAAAGAAUUAUGGGAAAAUGGUGUGGAGACAUUUGAUUCAUAUAGUAACGAAAAUUUUCAAUUACAUGCUGCAUUGUUAUGGACAAUAAAUGAUUUUCCUGCUUAUGGAAUGUUAUCUGGGUGGAGUACAAAGGGAAAAUUAGCAUGUCCAUUACGCCACAAUUUGGAUGUGAUGCACAUUGAGAAAAAUAUAAGUGAAACCAUUAUAGGGACGUUGUUGGCAAUAGAUGGGAAGACAAAAGACAAUGUCAAGACUCGUUUGGAUUUGGAAGAAAUGGGUAUAAGAAAAGAAUUGCACUUGCAAAGAGAUGGUGAUAGGAUUUUAAUGCCAUUAGCAUGUUACACUUUACCAUUAUCAGAAAGGAAGAAGUUUUGUGAAUGGUUAAAAUUAAUUAAGUUACAUGAUGGUUACGCCUCUAACUUGUCUCGAUGCAUAAAUGUUGAUGAUUGUAGAUUAUCAGGAAUGAAAAGCCAUGACUAUCAUGUAUUUUUACAACGAUUACUUCCAGCUGUAGCUCAUGGUUUUUUGAGAAAGGAUCUUUAUAUUGUGUUGUCUGAGUUGAGUUCUUUCUUCAAAGACUUAUGCUCGAAGACAAUGGAAAGAGCUACUUUACAUAAGUUACAAAAUGAUAUAGCUCUAAUAUUGUGUAAACUUGAAACCAUAUAUCCACCAUCAUUUUUUGUGAUUAUGACACAUUUAUCAAUUCACUUACCAUGUGAAAUAGAACUUGGUGGGCCAGUUCAAUAUCGAUGGAUGUAUUUUGUUGAAAGGCACAAUCGAGUGGAAAGGAAUUUUGAUAGGCCUGAAAUGUCGAUACCCAAUGGGUUUUUAAUUUUUGCACAAAAGGUGGUACAAAAGAAUCUAAGAGGCUCGCUUGAAUCAACAAAUCAUUUAUAUGUGUUGGGUUUAGGGCCUGAUAUGCGUGUUGCAAAGUAUAGUGGUAUAAUUGUGAAUGGAAUUAGAUUUCACAACAUUGAACGUGACAAGUAUCGUCAUACUCAAAAUAGUGGUAUUGUGGUGAAAGGAGAACAUAAUUCAGAAGAAAUUGAUUUUUAUGGUGAGUUAACUAAUAUCAUUGAGCUUGAGUAUUGUCAUGGGAAUUGUGUUUAUGUGUUUAAAUGUAACUGGUGGAAUAUCGGCGAUAAAAAGAAUGGAUCAAGAACAUAUGGCCAAUUAAUGAGUGUUAAUGUGAAUCGAAAAUGGUAUGUAGAUGACCCUUUUGUGUUGGCAAAUCAAGCAUCGCAAGCAUUUUAUAUAAAUGAUAUAAAAAAUGGCAGUGGUUGGAAAAUUGUGCAGAAAUCUUAUCCUAUAAAUGUAUAUGAUGUUCCAGAAAAUGAAGGAAUAGAUAAUGAAAGAUUUGACUUUAAUGACGAGCCCUAUCAGCAAUAUGAGAUAAAUGAUGGAAAUGUGAUUGAACAAAUUGAUAAUCAAGAUAUAGAAUCAUUGCAUCAUGAUGAUGAAAUUUUAGAAGAAAUUGAUGCUACCACUAUACUCUCAAAGAAUAGCCGAAAAUCAAGUGAAGAUACAAUUAGUGAUGAUUCUACUGAUGAAGAAGAUGAUACGAUUAUUGAUUAUUGUGUUAGUGAUGCUGAUGACAAGGAAGAAGAUGACAACAAUGAAAACAAUUAUGAUGAGGAAGAUGAUGAUGAUUUUUAA